AUGUCGGCACUGAACCAUCUUCUUGAUCUUUCCGCAGAACAGAUUUGUUAUGUGCAAUGUGGUUUCUGCACCACUAUUUUACUCGUAAGCGUCCCAUGCAGCAGCUUGUCAAUGGUGGUGACAGUCAGAUGUGGCCACUGCACUGGCCUCCUUUCGGUCAACAUGACGAAAGCCUCCUUUAUUCCUCUGCAUCUCUUAGCUUCGUUUACCCAAGAUGAGCAAAAGGAAGAGGUGGAUUUAGAGGAAGUAGACACACAAAAUGCGACGGAUAUUCGUAGCCCUGUGGUAUCUUCUGACAAUGAAGAAGUGGAUGUUGUUUCUGUGAAUCAAAUUGUUAACAAACCUCCAGAGAAGAGAAAACGGGCUCCAUCGGCCUACAACCGCUUUAUCAGAGAAGAGAUCAAGAGGCUGAAAGAUGAAAAUCCAAACAUGGCUCACAAGGAAGCGUUCAGUACAGCUGCCAAAAAUUGGGCCAAUUUCCCUCCAACUGAGUACAAAGAAGAUGAAGAGAGUUGUAGCCAGGGAAAGGAAAAUGUGACAUUGGACUCUCAUGUCAAUAAGGUCCACGAAGAGGGCAAAGUUUUCCGUGAAAAAAGAGGCCGGGAAGACAUUUACAUUUAUGGACAACGACACCCUUUUACUGAAUAUUAA